CUCGCAAGGUAGCUCUGCACGAACGAUCGCGUCCCCUUUUUCCCUUCCUCUCCUCGGCGGCGGAAGGCCAACUAGCGAGGAACCCUAACAAUAAUCCGUAGUUCCGAUCCGCAAGGCCUGCGACGAUGGCGGCUUCCGUCCGCGAGGCGUCGAUGAGGAUCCUGCGUCCGGCGGGUGAGGGGCUUCGCCGGCUCAUCCACGCCCCGCAGCAUUCCGGAUCCAUCAGUGUCUUUGGGGAAGGCUACCGCGCAACGCAAAUCCAGCAGUCAAAAGAGGACCUGUAUAAUCUCAUCGCUGACGCCCAGGCCAAUUCUGCGGCUUCUCAGGAAGACAAAAUGGUGCUCAAGACUCUCUGCACACAUGUCAAGCCCAGACCACAUGACCCUCAAUGGCGCCGGAUAACUACUGCCAAGAAGGUGACCAAGUGGACUGCAACAUCAAUUGUGCUUGCUACUUGUGCGAUCGCUUUCCCUGCCUUAGCCAACCGCCCUGACUAUCGUGUUACUACUGCAUGUGAGCAGAAGACAGUGGAGCAAUGCAGGCUGCCUGAGAGUGUGGCCCAGCAAGGGGCGCAGAAGCCUUAGAAGCAAGUGAAGGGAAGACAAAAUACAUCUUGUUUGAUGGAGAAGCAAGACGGAUAUCAGUUCUAUUCCAGCACUAUGUUAGUUAGGUCUCUUGAAAUAUGUCUGGUCGCAUUGUAAGAUAAUUUGUGAUGUUGCUGACAUGGUAUGUUAUCCUUUCUGCCUAGUA